AUGGCGGCGACUGGCAAAGUGCUGAAGGAAAGCCGCUUGGAAGUCCUUGAAAUUGUUGAUGGACUCGGCAGGCAGUCGUUUAAACCAUCUUUGCGCCGAGUCGGAUUAGGUAGCUGGAAGUUGUUUCCGAAAGUUGGGUUUCAAGGACUUAGUACUCGGGAUUAUCUAGCUAUUGGAGCCAUCUUUUCAUCAACGGAUACAGUCUGCACGUUGCAAGUUCUUCAUCAAGAUGAGACUCCUCGUCUAUAUAGCUUGGUAUUUGGUGAAGGAGUAGUAAAUGAUGCUACAUCUGUUGUGCUUUUCAAUGCAAUCCAGAAGAUUGACGUUUCUGAGAUAGAACAGAUUACAUUUGAAGUUCUUGGAGAUUUUUUGUACUUGUUUUUUACAAGUACAAUCUUGGGAAUUGCUGCUGGGUUAUUGACUGCUUAUGCUCUUAAAACUCUUUACUUUGGUAGGCACUCAACUGAUCGUGAAAUUGCUUUAAUGGCUCUGAUGGCUUAUUUGUCUUACAUGAUUGCUGAGCUCUUUCAGUUGAGUGGUAUUCUGACGGUUUUCUUUUGUGGAAUUGCUAUGUCACAUUAUGCAUGGCAUAAUGUAACUGAAAACUCUAGAAUCACUACAAGGCAUAUUUUUGCCACUCUAUCUUUCAUUGCAGAAGCAUUCAUCUUUCUUUAUGUGGGAAUGGAUGCUCUUGAUAUUGAGAAAUGGAAAGCUAUGAAAACAAGUUCAAAAACAUGCUUUGGUAUCUAUGGCAUUCUUAUUUUGCUAGUAUCGCUGGGACGCGCUGCAUUCAUUUUCCCUCUCUCAGUUUUGUCUAAUUAUAUCAGUUCACGUUCUGAAACAGCAUUGAUAACCUUCAAACACCAGGUGGUAAUUUGGUGGGCUGGUCUUAUAAGGGGGGCUGUGUCUAUUGCCCUGGCAUUUAGUCAGUUUACAUUCUAUGGCAUCACACGGGAUCCCGUUUACGCGACAAUGAUCACUAGCACCAUAGUAGUUGUUCUGUUCACCACUCUGGUGUUCGGAAUUCUGACAAAGCCACUGGUAAACAUCCUUCUGCCUCAAAACACACACACACGACGAUGGAAGUCGGACGACCUUGGCCUUCCCUUGGUUGCUCCAGAGGAACCUGCCACUUCCGGGCUUCAACAAGCCAGGAGAAGCUUGUCAAUGCUACUUGAAAGGCCUGUCCACACGAUACAUACAUAUUGGAGAAAAUUCGAUGACACGUACAUGAGGCCAAUAUUUGGAGGACCAACUUAGUUGGUCUCCGUAUACUCAGAAAAGCAGAAAGCAUUUACCAGUCAAUAAAAAGCAAAUAUAUUUCUGUUUAAAAAAAACAAAUUCACAAAUUCUGGCUUUAACUGUUAUUUUUUCUUUUUCUUGUGUGCAUUAUCUUUAGUUGUGACUUUUGCAAAAAACAAAGAGCAUCAG